CCGUAAACGGGUACCUAUAAAACGACGGGAUCUCACUGAAAAUCACUGAGAAGCUUUGCUUUCCAGCAACCUCACGGCACCUGUAACAGUCAUGCGUCUCCGUACAGGAGUGAAGUGGCAAAGCCCUUGUCUUGUCUGCUUUAUUUCCUUCCUUCUCUCGCCUUUAGCAAGAGCACAAGAGCAUAACUACAUACGGCUUGUAGAUGGACGUAACCCAUAUGAAGGACGAUUGGAAAUCUUUCAGGAUGGGGUCUGGCUUAGUGUCUGCCUUUCGUAUGUUUCUUCCCACUUUGGGAAAGUCGUCUGCCGACAGUUAGGCUAUCCACCAGAUGGCGCUGUUCUGUACUACGCCAACUCUUACGGUUCGGCUCCUGGCGAAAUACUCAGGAAGAACAUCAGCUGCAAUGGACAAGAAGCUUCACUAUCGAGCUGUGACAUCUCGCCACGUGAACAGAACUGUGACCCUCGUUAUACACUCGGAGUGAGCUGUGACACAGGACUAUCAGAGAGGCAGACAGUUCGUCUUGUGAACGGCACGUCUCAGUAUGAAGGUCGGGUAGAGGUUUUCAAAGCCGGUGUGUGGGGAAGUGUCAUGGAGCGAAACUACUACUCAGAACAACCAUUGUACAACGCCAUUGCUGUGAACGUUGUUUGCAGAAUUCUAUUCGGGCCUAGCUAUGGUGGAUCAGUGGUGCCUCAACAAGAAGCCAUUUUGCGAUUCGGAGUCGCCAGGAGGAUUCCCAUACAAAUCAGCUACGUUACAUGUGAAGGAAACGAACAGACCCUGUUUAACUGCUCGUAUUCUUCCCCAUGGUCAUCCGAAACACUCGAAGACAGUCUUGCUGUGGUGUGCAAACAAGUUCCUGACGGUUGCAACUGGUAUAGAGCUGAGCCAUCGGGAACCAUCAACUCGCCUGGGUUCCCCCAAGGCGCAGUGUACAGCAAUAACACGGACUGUGUGUGGACAAUAGUCAACAAGGCAGGAAGGAUUCAACUGUCUUUUACAAACCUUCAAGUCAACACCUCAUUGACGACUUCAAUGAACAUACUCCGGGUGAUAGACAGUGAUGCUUACUCUAACCUAGCCUACAUCCAGUGGCCCACUACAGUGGCAACAUUGCAGUCCUCCGGAAACAAACUUUACGUUUGGCUCAAAGCUCAGUCUGCAACGAAAGGAAUUCAGUUUCAGGCCUCUUGGGACGUUCCACCCUGUUUUCAACGACUGACCAACUCGGGUGGUUAUAUCCAGUCACCAGGCUACCCAAACCAGUAUCAGCCGAACCUGAACUGCACGUAUGAAAUUGUAAAGAGGAAAGGUGUUUUCAUCAGCUUUUCGUUCUACGACUUCGCUCUGGGAAAACAACAAGGUGGUGUGUGUCGAGAUGUUCUACAGAUAUUUGAUGGCGACUCGCAAACGUCACCGACUGUUGGAGGUCCGCUCUGUGGAACAACCCGCCCCCCUGUCAUGAGGACCAGCAAUGUGACAUCUACAUUAGUUCUCGUCAGAUUCAUGUCGGAUGCUAUCAACACAUCUGUUGAGACAGGAUUUCGCAUAUACUAUUCUCAGGUGGAGCCAGAUCCGAUCAGACCAGGUAACUACACUGCUGACGUCGGCAGUUUCAAGAGUCCCGGCUACCCUAACGUCUACAAUGACGAAGAGGACGUCAUCUGGACCAUCACCACCAAGCCCUACAAGACCAUCACACUCUCCUUUCAGGACGUUCAACUUUUGGGAUUUGGUCUUAAUUAUAUUUCAGUGUAUGACAGGGUCAGUGGCUACACCAAUAUUUAUAACUCGGGGUCCGUCUCGCCGAUCAUCAGUAGCGGAAACAACCUUGAAGUUAAAUUACGCUCAUCGCUGGACAAUGGCCUUAACAAAUUCAAGGCUUCUUGGACAACAGAAUGUCGACAAGUAUUCCAGAGUACCAAUGGUGUCAUUACCUCUCCUAAUGAUCAAGAAUAUAACACCUCAUCAGCUGAUUGCACUUACAUCAUAAGACAACAGGCAGGCUACUACAUCAGGAUACAAUUUUCUUCAAUUAAUUUUGAAAAAGAUGCGACCUGCAGGAAUUAUGUAGAGAUACGCGAUGGUAGCACAGAGUUCUUCCCCGUGCUUGGUGAAAAGUACUGCGGGCUGUCACUUCCGCCACCUUUGACCUCCACUCAAAAUGUGGUAUUCAUAAAGUUCAAUACUCAAAUUGGAAAUAAUUAUUUCAAUCUGGGAUACUCCUCCCAUCCAAAAGUGUGCGACAAGGGUCUGAUGACAGACAGCGAAGGAAGCUUCACAUCGCCUGGCUUUCCUAUUGGGUAUCCCAGCAACACCUACUGCGUGUGGACGAUCAAGGUGGACGACAACAAAGCCACCAUCGACUUGACCUUUGACGACUUCUCUGUCGGCUCUCAAGGAACUCAAUGCCAGUAUGCUUUCGUCAGGGUCUACGAUGGAGCAGCUGUGGAUGCAAAUACCGUUAUCACCACCUUGUGUGGGACUGCUGUGCCACCAAAGCUGAGGUCAACCGGAAGCAGUCUGACAGUCGUGCUGAACGUGUUCGGGUCACUGGUCAACGCUAACGGCUUCCGGGCGACCUACAGUGCGAGAAGAUCAAAUGGCGGGCUUCCAAAAGGCCUCUAUCCAUAUGGCGUGGCUGCAAAUGAUGGGAUCCUUGGAUCAUCGACACAAACAAUACCUCUUCUAGAAGAGGAAUUUCCGUUUGGACUGAUUCCACAAUCCACAGUCAACGUUGGUCGGAAUGGAAUCUUAUCCUUUGAAAAGGGAACCGCAUGGCCAUGGCUUGACUACUCACGCCAUGCAAUUUGUGUCUACUGCACCUACAUCAGCGAUGAACAAAGUGUGUACUACCAUCUUUAUGGUAUCAAAGACCUCGAAGUGCUGAACAAAGCCACUUAUGAUGUCCAGGAGUUCACGGGGUCAAAACGCUUUCAAGCUAGCAUGGUGUUUGUGGUCACGUGGGAUCGCGUGAAACAGUACUUCCCGUCCGUCGACUUUAAACCGACUGACAUGGGAGACGCCACGUUUCAAGUGGCUCUCGUCUCGGACUCAUCAGAGUCUUACGCUCUGGUCCAGUACCGGGUGGGUCACAUGACCUGGCGCUACCCAGGUCGCUGGUACAGCAUUCAGAUGGGAGUCGCCAAAGGAUCACUAACUACAUACCGUCCAAACGUUUACUCAGGCACUGAGCUGGCUUACGAAAUGGACACACACUUUGGAAACACAGGAUACAAAGGUUACUGGGUUUACGAGUUGGGAAAAGCUCCAGCCAACUAUCACAAGACCUGUCAAGACUGGUUCCGCAGGAACAAAGUAUUAAAAGACGAGCGAGAGGCAGGUUUUGCCGCCCUACCCAGGUGCCCCUGCUCCAGGAGAGGCAUUUUCAGAGCUGUCAUUAACCAGUGGAGGUUCCAUCGCAGAGACGAACAGAACUACUUCGAGUGUUACAUGCCGAACCUGGCUCGCACAGGACAGUUCGCUCCCUUCGGGAAGGAGUGUUGCUACUCGACCAACCCUCUGAAGCCAGACACACUUGACAUGCUCAUCACAUCUCCACCUUUUGCCGGGGCGGCGCUGGCCUUUAACCCUUUAGUCUUCGCUCAAGAGAAGCUGUACGACUCUGAGGACAGGAUGCCACACGUUGCUUGUUGUGAGCACGGGACAAACAAACAAUGUCGUCAGUACUACAAUCUACGACCCAUCGGAAAAUGCAACCCGAAUCCAGGGAUACAAUGGAUUCCCUUGUACGGUGAACCACUCAUAACGACCAUGGAUGGGAGAGAGUACCUCUUUAAUGGUCUAGGAGAGUUCACUCUGGUCAGUCUCAAAACCUCAAACGUCACUUUCACCCUUCAGGCCCGGACACAGAGGGCGGAGCUUCGGCCGGGAACGCCCACCAACGGGACUGUCUUUACGGCGGUCGGGGCGGAGGAGAACGGAGUGAGGGUCUUCCUGCAGAUCGACCCCAACACUAACACCACGCUGGUGGUCUACGCUAAGGAUGUCGACUACACCAGGCGCUUUGUGCAAGAGGGAGACAACUUUACUGUGGACGACAAAAGUUUUAUGUUACAUCGAGAUAACGACACGUGUGUUGUCAGCUUCCCGUCUGGCAUAAGCCUUCAGAUUUACAUCCGCAUGAAAGCCCUAGUGAUUGGGAUAGCCAUGCCUCGCAACUUCCGAAACUUGACGAAAGGGCUGCUGGGAAAUUUCAAUGGAGACCCCACGGACGACUUUAUUCUGCCCAGUGGCGAGCGUCUAAACAACAGUUUGAGCGAGCGCCAGAUCUUCAACUUGUUUGCCAACAAAUGGCUGGUCGACGCCAACAACAGCGUCAUGCGAUACGAGGCCAGAAUGGGUCCAGCGGACUUCUAUCGCCAAGACUUUCAACCUGUCUUCCUGGACGAGGUGGACCCGUCUCGACUAACAGAAGCCAAGGUUCUGUGUGGCGCCACCAACAUGCCCUGCAUCUACGACUUCCUGGCCACCGGAGACCGAAGCUUUGCUUUUGAGACAUCGGACUUGCGCAACCUGUCGGACAUCCUCAUCCAGCAGAGUGAGAAUACAGCACCCCUCGCUCAGGUGCCUGAACUUGCUUACAUCAUCGUAGGCGUUCCUCAGGUGAUUGUCGUUACUGGCGUUGAUCCUGACGUCAACGAUGUAUUAACAUACCACCUUGUCGAUGACCAGAAUCAAACUUUGAGCAUCAACCAAUCCUCUGGUUCAGUUACCGUCAGCCUUACGUCAUUAAAACCCAUCAAAAUCAUGGUCUACGUUGUGGACUCACAGGGCGCUCAGUCUCCUGUAGAGUCCAUUCCAAUCGUCGCCUGCUCCGGGUGUUUAGGUCACGGUACGUGCAACAUGUCGGACACUAGAGACGUGCUGGGUGACCACGACUUCCAGUUCGCCGUCUGUCGGUGCGGACCGGCCUGGGCGGGAGACAACUGCGAACUGGACAGAGACGGGUGCAGUGACAGCCCUUGCCACCCGCUUCGAACCUGCACAGACAUACCAGCCAGUCGACAAGGUGCCAGUGAUAUCGGGUACACAUGCAGCGCGUGUCCUAGAGGGUUCUUUACGAAGAACCACUCCAGUGAUUGCUACGAUGUAGACGAAUGUCUUAAUAGUACUCUACAUGAUUGCAACAUGCUGUGCAUCAACACGUACGGCAGUUACGAAUGUUCCUGUCAGGAAGGCUAUCGUCUGAGCACUAACGGCCAUUCCUGUACUGACAUCAACGAAUGUGUGGAGAGAACUCACGACUGUCAGCAGAUCUGUAACAACACUGCUGGCGGCUACCAGUGCGAGUGCGAGGCAGGUUACACCUACGACAGCAGAACGAGGUCCUGUAUCAUAAAUUCCAAUGAAUCCCAGGUUUGCAGGACCAGUACCUGUUCUCAGGGCUGCAGAGUGAUCACGGAUGCUGCAAACAACAACCGACCGCAGUGUUUCUGUUACCUGGGUUACGACCUGGACCCCAGAGACAACGCCACGUGCGUGGACCGCGAUGAAUGUCGGGACAAAGUGUGUGACCAGGUGUGUAACAACACGGCGGGCGGCUUCUCCUGCUCCUGCUACGACGGCUUCGCCCUGAACAAGGAUGAGCGCACGUGCUCGGCCUGCCCGUAUCUCAAGUACGGCCCCGAGUGUCGCGAGACGUGCACGUGCAGUGGCAGGAGCGUAGCGUGUCAUCCUGUACGGGGCUGCGUCUGUCAGGACGGCUGGACUGGCCCCACGUGCAUGGAUGACGUGGACGAGUGUGUAGAGAACCCGGAUGUGUGUGGUCUUAAUCGGGCAUGCGUCAACAGUAGGGGAUCUUACUCUUGUGUUUGUCGAGCGGGCUAUGCUUUGGACAGUAAUGGAGUUUGUCAAGACGUUAAUGAGUGCACAACAGACGUCCCGUGUAAAGAAAAUGAGGAAUGUACCAACAACCCGGGCAGCUACUACUGCAGCUGUAAUCAAGGAUACAGCAAGACAAAUUCAACAAAUUGCACAGAUGUUGACGAGUGUUCCGCCAACCGAGGAGACUGCCAGCACGACUGUGUCAACGUCCUCGGCUCCUUCAACUGCGAGUGUAAAUACGGCUACAGAGUCAACGCUGACCGCAAGACCUGUACUCAAGUACGAGAAACUUGCGUUGAUCCAGCAAAGUGCAUCAAAGCCCACGGCUGUGUUGUUAACGAAAGCAACAACGACGUGUGUUUCUGUAACAGCGGCUAUAUAAUCAACCAGAAUACGCAGACCUGUGAAGACUUUAAUGAAUGCGAGACGGGGUUGAACAAGUGUUCCCACACCUGUAGUAAUACACUGGGUAGUUUCAACUGCAGCUGCCCUAUGGGAAUGAAGUUGGACAAUAACAAGCUAACGUGUUCCGACUGCUCAGCUGGUACGUUCGGACCUAACUGCUCUCAGGUGUGCGCAUGCGCAGCCGGGGCAGAACGCUGUGACCCUGUUUCCGGUUGCGUGUGUCGUCAAGGUUGGGAAGGUGACAAAUGUGACAAAGAUGUUGAUGAGUGUCAGUCAGUGAUGUCGCCUGCUAACUGUACAGGACAGAACGUAGAAUGUGUCAACACUAAUGGAGGCUACACGUGCAGGUGUCGUCAGGGAUUCGCUGCGGACAACAACAGCGUGUGUCAAGAUAUUGAUGAAUGUUCCGAGCCCGUCUGUGACCAGCACUGCAACAACACCGUUGGUAGCUUCCUCUGCACCUGUGAUGCCGGCUUUCUCUUGGACGCAGUCACACAGACAUGCAAAGAUGUGGACGAAUGCGCGGCCCUGGAGACAAAUGUUUGCACUCAACGAUGUGAAAACACGGUUGGCUCCUACCGCUGUUUCUGUAAUGGAACAGGAUACAGCCUCAACAACGACGGCUUCACGUGCAGAGACAUUGAUGAAUGCGCGAAUGGACUGGCUAAGUGUUCUCACACUUGUAGUAACAGCCCUGGUAGCUUCAUCUGCAACUGUCCCGUUGGAAUGAAGCUUGAUAACGACUGGAUGACGUGCUCAACCUGUCCCGCGGGGACGUUUGGACCUAACUGCACUCAAUUGUGCGCAUGCGCAGCCGGGGCAGAGCGCUGUGACCCUGUUUCCGGUUGUGUGUGUCGUCAAGGUUGGGAAGGUGACAAGUGUGACAAAGAUGUUGAUGAGUGCCAGUUAGGAAUCUUGUCUGCUAACUGUAGAGGAGAGAACGUACAAUGUAUCAACACUAACGGAGGCUACACGUGCAGGUGUCUUCAGGGAUUCGCUGCUGACAACGACAGCGUGUGUCAAGAUGUUGACGAAUGUUCCGAGCCAGUGUGUGACCAGAACUGCAACAACACCAUCAGCAGCUUCUACUGCACCUGUAACGAUGGCUUCUACUUGGACGCAGUCAUGCAAAAAUGCAGAGACGAAAUUGAGGUGCAACUUGUCAACGGACCUAACCCGUAUGAAGGACGAGUAGAAAUCUUGAGGGAUGGAGUCUGGCUGAGUGUCUGCCAUCAGUAUGUCUCAAGUAAUUUUGGGAGUGUCGUCUGCAGACAGUUAAACUAUCCAACCGAUGGCUCGGUUCUGUACUACGCCAACUCUUACGGCCAAGCUCCGGGUGAAAUACUCAGAAAGUACAUCAACUGUACCGGGGAAGAACUGUCGCUGUCGAACUGUAGUUUCUCAUCACGUGACCAGAGCUGUGACCCUCGAUAUACACUUGGAGUCAGCUGUGACACAGGUGUGUCGGAGGUGCAGACAGUUCGCCUUGUCAACGGAACCUCUCAGUACGAGGGUCGGGUAGAGGUCUUCAAAGCGGGUGUGUGGGGCUCUGUCACAGCAAGUAGAGACCUGGCGACACGACCCUUGUACAGCGCUCUUGCUGCCAACAUUGUCUGCAGAACUUUGUUUGGAGCCAAUUACAGCGGGUCAGCUGUGCCUCAGCAAGAAGCGACAAUGCGAUUUGGAUCCGCAAGGUCUGCCAUACACAUGAGCAGCGUGCGAUGUCAAGGAGAUGAGCAAAACCUUUUUAACUGCAUUUAUGAUGAUGUACUGGCGUCCGAAAUACCCGAAACCACUCUUGCUGUAGUAUGUAAACAAGUUCCUAAAGGUUGCAAUGGGUAUGUUGCCGAACCAAAUGGAACCAUCACCUCGCCUGGUUUUCCCGAAGGAGCAGUGUACAGCAGUGACACAGAUUGUGUGUGGACGAUUGUCAACAAGGCAGGAUGGAUUCGAUUUUCUUUAACAAACAUUCAGAUAGAAAGGAGGUCCACUGCUUCAUUGAACAUACUUCGGGUCAUUGACAGUGAUGCUUACUCCAACUUGGCCUACAUACGGAGACCCACUGCAGUGGGUGCAUUGCAGUCCUCUGGAAGUACACUAUAUCUGUGGCUGAAAGCUCAAUCUGAAACGAAAGGAGUUCAGUUUCAGGCUUCUUGGGAGACUCCACCCUGUUUUCAACGACUGAACAGGAGGAAGGGCUACAUACAGUCGCCAGAUUUUCCAAACCCGUAUCAAGCAAACCUGAGCUGCACGUAUGAAAUUGUGAAACAAAGAGGCUUCAGGAUUCGUUUCUCAUUCAAAGUUUUUGAAUUGGGAGAACAGCAAGAUGGUGUGUGUCAAGAUGUUCUACAGAUAUUUGACGGAAACUCUGAAUUAUCACCCAUUGUUGGAGGCCCACUUUGUGGACCAACGCCCCUGUCUGUUCUGAAGACCAAAAACCAGAACUCCACAAUAGUAUUAGUCAGGUUCAUGUCCGAUGCUGUCGCCACGUCUGCUGAGAAAGGAUAUCGGAUACAUUACAAUCAGAUAAAAUCAGGUUGGAUUCAGCUUAAUAAUUACACUGAAGAAAGCGGUACCUUCACAUCCCCCGGCUACCCCGACGUAUACAACGGUGAAGAGGACGUCCUCUGGACCAUCACUACAAAGCCCUACAAGACCAUCACACUCUCCUUCCAGGACGUUCGGCUUGGGCCAUGCUGUAGAAACAAAAUAUUAGUGACCGAGAAACCUGUCCACAAGCGUACUGAAAUUAAAAAGUCUGGGCCAUUUUCAACAAUCAUCAGUGGCGGAAAAAUACUCCGAAUUAAAAUGGUUUCUGCAAAGAAAAACUUGAAUAAAUUCAAGGCUUCCUGGACAACAGAGUGUCGACAGGUCUUCCAGACUUCCAAUGGAAUCAUUAACUCCCCUGAUGAUCCAGAUUUUAACAUGUCACCAGCUGACUGCACUUACAUCAUUAAACAACAACUAGGCUACUACAUAAACAUACAAUUCUCCUCCCUGAAUUUAGAAGAGGAUGUAAUGUGCAGAAACUACAUUGAAGUACACGACGGUGCCACAGAGUUUUCCCCCUUGCUUGGUGAAAAGUACUGCGGUCUGUCACUUCCGCCACCUUUGACCUCCACACAAAACGUAGUGUUAAUGAAGUUCAACACUCAGACAGGAUACAACAACUUCAGUUUGACGUACUCUUCGCAUUCAAAAGAAUGCGAAAAGGGUCUGAUGACGGACAGUGAGGGAAACUUCACGUCACCUGGCUUUCCUCUUGGGUAUCCUACCAACACCUACUGUGUGUGGACCAUAAAGGUGGAUGACGACGAGGCUGUUAUCGACUUGGCGUUCACUGAUUUCUCUGUCGGCUCUCAAGGACCGCAAUGCCAGAAUGCUUUUGUCAGAGUCUACGAUGGCGCAGUCGUGGACACAAGUACCGUUAUGACCACCCUGUGCGGGGCUACCUUCCCACAAGGGCUGAGGUCAACCAGAAACAGUCUGACAAUCGUGCUGAAUGUCUUUGGGUCAGUGGUUAACGCCACGGGCUUCCGGGCGACUUACACCACGACACGACUUACAGGAGAACUACCUGAAGCGGACGUGGAGUGAGCUGUGAACCCAGAUGCCCUAGAAACAUGUGUCGUUUAAAGUAGUUGUCUACUCUCUUUUGAUGUGUAGUCCAGUUAUUAUAUUCCAGUCAUUUACUUUUAAAAUAUUAUCUGCACGCAAAGCUAACUUACCGCAUUUUCCGGAGAGUUAAACGCUGGAUGAUUGGUCGCUCAGUCUGUUUCAUUCAGAGGUCAUCCAAGACACCGAUGUGCUUCGCCUAACAGAGACAAACGACAUGGGUGGGAUAAGACAUGAAGUGACGCUGGAUUUUUAUUUCGGUUUCACAGUAAACAGUAUUUCUGUUUUGCGUAAACUCGUAUAAUUGUAACUUCAAAGAAAAUUUUUAAUGUUCUUGCUUACUUACACAGUUAUAUGCAUAGACAUGCAUUUACUCUGCUUUUUAAACGAUAAAACGUUUAUCAUAACAAAAAUAUAUGAGGCUCUUGUUUUGGAGAUGUCAUUAUAAAAUGGCAGUAAAAUGUCUUAAGUAAUGUAACACUGUAGUUUCUUUUCUCAGUAUGCUCAUGUUAGAUGUGUUAUGUCUAUCUAUCUAUUCCUCUUUGUGCAUCAGGUUGCACAUAAGGCCUCAACCAGAGUCCGCCACCGAUGUCGAUCGGCUGAAACACGCUCUAGGUGACCCCAUGUCCAGCCCUUUCCUUUCA